AUGCCUCUGCCUCCUCCCAUAUCCGCUCCCGCGAGGCAAACAAUAAAGGCGGCAUUUGAAGAUCUCGAUCGCACAAUUACUCCUGCAGAUUCGCGCGACUUUCGUGUUUCGACUCUUGCACAAGUACGAGAUGCGGCUCUUGAGAUUGAACGGCAGCUCGCAGCGCGGGGGUCACUUCGCAACAUGCGCCGGCUUAUGCCUUUUUUUAGGGGAAUAGAGCACUAUUCUAAAGUGAUAGAUGUUCUAUGUAAUGGCACCCCGUAUCUACCAUGGAUAUGGGCGCCAGUUGCUCUAAUUCUACGCGUCGCCUCGGAAUAUGUCGACGCAUUCGAGCAAAUUAUCAAGGGCUACUCACAACUUGCAGAAUCACUGGGAAGAUUUGAGCUCCUGGGAAAUGCUUUCAUUCGCGAUCCAGAUUUUCAGCAAACUUUGGCUGUCUUUUAUGCGGACAUUCUGCAGUUCCAUAAACAUGCUUACAAGUUUGUGCGGCGAAGUGGUUGGAAGUUGCUUUUCCUCACUACUUGGGGCCGAUUCCAGAGACGAUUUGACAAUAUUCUUGAAGAUAUGAAGCGACAUGAGGCGUUAAUUGAUCGAGAAGCAAAUGCGCGCAACAUUGCCGAAGCAAAAGAAAUGCGUCAAGAUAUCCGCCGCUGGAGGGAGCAAAGCCUUGAGCAGGUGUCCAACCUUGACGGGGAAGAGGCUGCUAAGCAAUACCAAUCUAUAAUCUCAUGGUUAAACAUGGAUGAAUCGGACCAAUUGGCAAUCUUUGAAUCAAUAUCGGCCGAAGGGCGAAAACAUCCAGGCACUUGCUCAUGGGUGCUGAAAAAUCCCAAAAUCAGCUCCUGGCUUCAGAGCAAGCCUGACACAUCGGUCCUCUGGUUACAAGGCACGCCGGGGUCUGGAAAGAGUGUGAUAUCAACACAGCUUGUCAACUUUAUGCAAGCAUCCAACAUGUUUGUCAUCCAUCAUUUUUGCACUUACUUGUAUACAUCGUCUACGACCUACGAGCAGAUAUUGAAGUCCUUACUCAUGCAACUACUCCGACAAGAUGGCGAUUUGGUUGCUCAUGUUUAUGAAGAAUUUGUUCUGGGGAAAAAGUCACCGACAGUACCCGCCCUUGAACGUCUUUUACAACUCUUGUUUAAAAGCAUAUCCAACGAACCGUCCAAGGCAGAAUACGUGUGGAUCAUUUUAGACGGCUUAGACGAAUGCGAAUUGGAAAAGCAAGCACGAGUAGUAAGCUUGAUGAAUCAGGUUGCGUCAGACCGAUCAUCGCCAGGAAAUACGACCUGCAAAGUUCUCAUCUCAAGUCGUACCUCUUCAAUACUAUCAAACUGUUUACGCAAAAAGCAGACAAUCUCUCUAAGCGAUGAAAAAGACUGCCUAGAGGAGGCGAUACGUCAGUAUGCAUCUCAAAGACUGCAGUCGCUGGAACAAAAAUUCCACCAACUCCAUAUAUCUCCGGGAGAAGUCGACAGUAUCGAGCGCGGGAUUGCAAAAAAGGCAGAUGGAAUGUUUCUUUACGCCAGACUGGUCUCAGAUUAUCUCUCGACGAACAUAUUCUAUAGCGGGGAUGAAAUCAUGACCUCUGUCAAUCAACUGCCCGAGAAACUUGGUGACUUCUACCGCAAGAUACUCCUCCAAAUACUAACCCACUUGGAUAUCCGAUCGGAAAGUCGCGUUAAAAGUAUUCUCAGCUGGAUCGCAUUUGCAAAACGGCCACUGAAGAGGCUCGAGUUGUUGUCUGCAAUAACUUUUAGCUCUGGGGAACCUGAGGUCACAAAUCUUGUCCCUGAGUUUUUACAGACUCCCUCGAGCGGCUUGACUAUCACCCAUGAAGAGUCACUUCUAGAACAUGGGGUAGCUACUGUUUCCUGUCUUCUCUCUGGAUUACAGGUUUUUAGCAAAGUGUACCCAGAGCAGGCCAGACACCUCCGGGUUAUCAAGGGUCUCCAUGGAUUCCAUGUCUACGCCACUGAAUUCUGGACUGAGUACUUAUUGUCCAGUGUCAAAUUUGCUAGAGGAGACUUAGACAACGCUUCACCGCUACUCGUCCUUGCCUGCAAGUUGGCAGAUACACUUAACGAAACAAGUAACCCCACGAUCAGUGAAGAGGCUAAGAGUCCGCCAAAUGGAUUGAAUGACCGAACGUCAUUCCUGCGACAACACCCAACUCUCUAUAAGCAUGUUGAAGCAGCCUUGAAAGGAAGAUCUCUCAAGCGACUUGAAGCGGAACUUUUCCCAGAAGCAGGUCCCGAUGGAACAUGCCGACUACCGAAGAAUUCGGCUCCUUUGGACGGGAUAUCGGCAAUGCUUAUAGUGUAUCAAGACACUGUCAGAUCACUACUCGACCAACACGAUUAUCCAGGAGUCACCGCCGAGGAACUGGAGCUUUUCAAGAGUCAGUUUCGUACCUCAGCGUUUACCUGCCGGCUCAAGUCUUGUCCUCGAGCCACAUUAGGUUUUGAGUCGGAGAAGCAUUGUCUUCAGCACGAGAUGACGCACAUACGACGACUUCGCUGCACUGCUGCCGAUUGCAAAUUUCCGCCUUUUGCCUCUCCCCAAGCAUUGAAGAUCCAUACCGCCAAGUACCAUAGUCAUAGUCUUCCACCAAAGUCUAUACGUGGUAUCCAGGUAUCA